AUGAACCAUGCGACCCGAACACCGCUCCUCGUGACGGCCGAACGGAGUGCGACUCAAGACGAUAUGGUCCAAGAUCUCGAGCGUCACUACCUCCUCAUGGUCGAUUAUUUGAGGGGUGUGCCCGAAUUCACCGAAAUGUCCCUCCCGGAUCAGGAACAACUAGCGCAACGACGGUUCCUGCCCUUCUACUGGCUCAAGUUGACGCAGUACACGUGGAAGACAAAGUGUGCCGGGAUAUGUCUAGCAAAUGGCAGCUUUUAUCCCGGCAGUCUUGAGCACCAGCCAUGUCCCGAUGUUACACGUCUGGUGUCCCGUUUCGACACGCUCCUCCCCAUCUACAGCUGGCUACGGUUGGACGAAAAAGAGAUGGCACUCCUCACUUUUAUCAUCCUUUUCCACGAUGGCGUACCCGAUCUGUCAGCAGGUGGUCGGGUAAAGGCCCGAGCUGUCGGGCAACUGUUUUUGAAGGUCCUCCACUACCAUAUGCGACGUAAAGACGGUCCCGUCGACUACGAUAAGCUGGCGAUCCGUAUGAGCCGAAUCAUGCUCUUCGUCAACGAUCUUACGUGUAUGACGCACUUCUCAUUCUCCAACAUGCAAGUCCACGAGAUAAUGCACGUCAUCAACUGGAAGAAGGCGGUCGACGGCAGACUUGCCUGGAUACACGGA